AUGCUUUCCCUCGAGCUUCACAAUAACCACUGGAUGGUAUCCGUGGUGCUUGCGGUCAUCUACUACUUCCUGUCAUCGGUCCUCCACUUCAAGCCCAUGGCUUUCAUGAGACUCUCGCAAGCCUCUGGAAUGACUUCUCUGUACUUCGUUGUCUUCCAACCCACGACUGAGCUCACCGUCAAUAUCUACAAGCUUGCCGCCGGCGUUCACCUUCUCUGCCUCGGUGCCUACACGCCUGGAACAGGAGUCCCCCAGCUUAUCGGAGCUCGUCAUGCCUACCUCGUCCACUACUGGAUGAUCUACAAUGCCCUUGGUUUCUUCGAGUCACUCAGACGACGCGCCCCUGAAGAUCGGUCCAACGCGUUCCGUAGUGUUCUCGCGGAGUUCAGCAGAAAUCCCGGUGUCCGCUGCCUCAUCAAGACCUUCACCUUCAUCGUCUGCUCGGCCUUCUUCUUCCUUUUCGUUCUUGUGGGCUUCACGUUCGCCGAGUUCCUCACCAGCACUCAAAUCCGUUGUGACCCCCCUGGCCUCUACGAAGUGGCGUUUUUUGCCGUCCUCUCCAAGAUGGGGAUGCUCCUCGCCGAAUAUUUUUACUUCCGGCUUAUGAUAAUCUUUGGUUUGUUCGAGGGUUGA